CUUGCUGCAGUAUAGGUCAGAUGGGAAUUGGGGCCAAACUAAAACAUUUCAGGUAGUUAAUAUAAUGUUUAUGCAUUUUCAGGUGACCGUUUUUUGCACAAGUUUAAUUUUAGUUGUCAUUGAUAUCACAGGUCUGCAUGGCUCCACUCUUGGACUGUACCAAUCAGACUUUGGCUCCAGUUGCAAGUUGCAAGAUGCCGUAUCCCCGGAAAAGAGGCAUGCAAAUAGCAUCAGUUUGUCUUAUGCAAGGAAGUGGGAAUGCACCGUCCAUAUUUAUAUACAGCCUAUGGCUGUGUCGAGGUGUUUCUCAAUUAACUUCAAGAAGCUUUUAAAAUAAAAAAAAUCAAAUGUGUAUUUAAAAAAUUAACCGCUAAAGUUUAAGAAUCGCUGUGUAAAUAUGCCACAAUGUGAGGUCAUGUUUAUUCUUAAAUGUGUAACUUUUUUUCUUUUACGAUAAAUGGGGGACUUUUAUAGACAGGCUAUUUGAGAAUAUAGAAUAUAACCUUGGACCUUGGCUCUUUCCAUUUUAUAUGAUAGCAUUUUGCUUUUUUCAAAAAAACAAAAAAAAAAACAAUCAAUCAAUCAAUUCUUCAAUCUGAACCAAGUGGAAAAAUGUAUUUCACAAAGGUUUAAAUGCAUAUUUCAAUUUGUUUGUGUUACCACUGACAUUUUCAGGAGAAAGAAACCAGCUGGCAUUGUUAGACUUUAUUCAUCCACAAGGAAAAUUGCUUGGUCACAGUUGCUCAGUUGCACAUUAAAAAAAGGGACCUCAACUGAAAACUUAAACUAAAUAAAAAUGAAAAUAGAAGUAAAAAUAAAAUUUAAGUAAAAUAUAGUAUAGUAUAAGCAAAUAUUUAUAAAAUUUGCAUAUGAAUAUUUCUGUUGCAGAAUAUUUGCAUAUUUUCAAAGAUUAACAAGUGUUAUCUAGUUUAUAUGUUCCACUGCAACCAGUGUCGGAUGUGCGGCAUUUAUACAUCUUAAAACUGCAUAUUGAAAUAUAAAAAGCAAUAAAAAUCUAUUAUUAUUAUCCUUGUUUUCCAGUUCAGUCAUGCACUGAAAUUUUCUUCCCACAAGAAUGGGAUAUACUGGGAGGGGACAAAAAGGGAGUCCUGUGUCUGUAUCAGCCACUUUGCUGCCACCUCCAGGUAGAUUUAUGCUUCUGCAACAAACGUCGGUUAGGCUGUUCAUGCCAGAGUCUGACACCGGGGUGUGAAAUGACUCUUUGCUGUGUCAGACGUUCACGGUACAGAGCUCAUGACUUCGCAGCAGCCGUCAGGAAAGGAGGCAAAGUGAGAUAAAGUGACUUCUGUAACUGUGGUUUGAUAGCACAUCACAUAAUGCAACAUCAUAGCCUGUGGCCUGUUAUAAAGAAUCAUGAGAGUAAAGGAAUAGACCAUCAGUUUAGGCCACUACUGGACACUGAUACGAAACCUGGACCACCUUGGUGAAAAGGUCCAGUUAGCCAGACCCAGACAUCUGAAAAUGUCUAUCUAUGUAUUUAUCCAUUCAGAUUUUUCAUUUAGAACGAAGGCUCAUUUAAAAUAUGCAAAUGGAAAAAGGCUGCUUCCACUUCACGUCUCCUGAAAAAAGAAGAAAAAAAAACGCUCACUUCAUAUCAUGUUUCUGGAAUAUGUGACUUGCCACUGCAUAUCGUAUUUAAACAAAAUCUCAGUGUAAACUUUUAUUAAUGUGGGCUAAUGUACUAUGUUGUACUUCUAUUCACAGGGCUCAUGGAAAUCUAUAUUCCACCGGGUUUAGGGUCUUAUGGUUUUCUUCUUCAACCAAACUCCAAAAUCUUUCAUAAUGUUUAAAAUCAGCCCCCUGAUGAACCCCCUUCUAGCGGCUGCCUUGAGUGGCUAUAGAGGGCUUCCCGGGGACUGGUGACUAAGGGUGGGCGGGAAUUUUGGUAUCGACACGAUACCAAUUAAAUAGCGCGUUAGGAUCGCCGAUACCACCGUUGAAUAACUUCACAACUUUGCCUUUAGUUAGUCGAUUAUGAUUAUGAUGAAAUAUAGGAUAUUUUAGUCAAAUAAGCCUGUUUCCAUUAACUAAUUGCAAUAGAAAACUAUGUAACAGUAUAAAAACAGUAACUUAACAGUAACUUAAUGGACGUAUAGAAGAGAAACCGUAACAAAAGUAUCGACACAUCGCGCUGUUAUCGAUCCGAUACUAUCAGGGUGUCGAUACUACGCGAUAUUUACAUCGAUACGGCCAGCCCUACCGUGGAAACCCUCAAACACUGCAACGACGACAUGCUGAGAGUCUCCCUGAUGGGGCCCCUCUCUUGCACUGGCAAAACGAAGUGAACCUACCUCUCAGGACACGCAAAAAAAAAAAAAAGAGGAUGAUGAGGUGGUAAGUAUGAAUGUGAAGUAGUUGUUGCCUCAGUGGAUCAGCUUGAAGCGAAUAAACUCUUGACACGUACCUGUUUGAAUUUGUUUGAACAGAAGAGGUGCGUUAUGAAAUGAUGACAUCAGUUUUGUUGCCAGUAGUUGUUUUACUAUUUUUAUUGAGAAGAGGAAGGUAUUAUAUUUGUCCAUGAAUUUGCGAGUAUAAAUGCUACAUUCAACUACUAAUUAUUUCAUAGAGAUCUCAAAUGUUGAUGAGAUUAUUAAAGCAAACACCAGGUAUAAUUGAAUUUUUUUUUUGCUCACCAACCACAACAAUCCUAUUCAUAAAUAUGAGAGAGAGUGAUAGAAAAGUUUAGUUUGAAUUUCUCUGGUCUGGAUCUUGCAGCUGCAGGUUUCAGCACAUAUCAACAUACUAUGCAUCAUGACAUUUUUUUUUUAGACCUGCCUUUUCACACGCAUGUAGGUCCUCAAGCGAACCUUGUACUGCUGACACAUACAGUCUUCACUUUAACCACAUUUCAUACAUAUGCAAAACUCAGAAAAAGAGAACUAAGGGGGACACACCAAACAAAUACGUUCAUAUAUAAAAUGAACAUUUGAAAUUAAGCAUUCUGCAAAAAAAAUAUGAGACUGCAUACUCUAAGGUUUUACAUUCAAACUGUUUCUGACGAUCUAGGUUGCUUCUAACGGUGCACCAUCACUUGCUGCUGCAACUUUUAGCCCGCUGCACCAGAAAAAGAAAGGGGGAAGUAUUUAAGAGAGGCGGCGUGUGAAGUCCUUCGAGGCACGCGACAGCGUUGAGUUCAGUUGUCAGCCGCCCAUCACUCGUACCACACGGGACGUUUUGGUUCCUCGCGGGCCAUGGGGAGCACGCAGACGCAGAGAACCUGGUUGUUCUGUCUGGCUGUCGCCUUUUCUUCAGUCUCAUCUUCAGCUGGAGAGCCGCAGCAGACGCCUAAAAUCUCCCUGACAUCUGGAGGACGGGUCUGGAGUUCUGGAGAUGAUGCAGUGAUCUCCAAGGGUUACAGCUUUGUCUUCACCUGCUACAUUAACUCCAGCUAUACUUCAGGCAAUUUCUCGCUCAUCUCUGGAAACACCACCUACUCCGAGCCAACCUUCAUAAACUCAGCCACAUUCAAUUUCCCUGAAGCUAACUAUACUCACCAGGGAAGCUACCGCUGUGUGUACAAUUUAACUGAAACUCCUUCGAUUAGCGUCACUGUGAAUGAUCCUACGUUUUUGUUGCUGCUGGUCUCCUCGGUGUCUGUUGGGUCCCUGCUGAUGAUCCUCCUGCUGGUCUGGUUGGUGAUCUGUUUGGUCCGGAGGAGAAAAGCCGAGCAGCCUGGAUCCGUUGUCCUAACUCAGAUAACGGACAGGUACGAAGAAGACGAUGCCGAUGAUGAUGAUGAGGCGGACUAUGUGAACGUUGACCAGGGGGACACUCACAGCAAACAGACCAGCUGUGAAGACACUGACGAUGAUUACAUCAACACCGGGGAAAUGUUGGCCACCGCGAUGGACGAGAGGGAGGAGGAGGAGGAGGAGGAGGAGGGGGACAAAGGAGACGCCAGUGAUGAUGAAAAUGACUAUGUGAAUGUACCGAAGCCACUUCAGGAACAAACUGUGGACAUCUACGGAGGAGAGCAGGACAUUUAUCAAAACCUUUAGCACUCUACUUUUUAAAUAUCGAUUCUAUUCAUUUUAAACUCAAACACUCGUAUUAUCACUGUCGUUACAUUUCUAACAGCUGUCCGUUAACCCUGUGACAUGACUGCCUUUGCAUUUAACAUGCACGUUAACGAGUUUCCCACAACACCUCCCUGCAGAUGUUUCACAAUAAGAGGAUUAUAAAGAAGCAAAUGGCGCAAGGCCGCAGAAACAGCAGGGGCCUCAAAUUAUGAACGUUUGAUCGUGCUAAGUUUAUAUUAACUGCGUCAUGCAGUAACUUUAAACAAUGCAGCCUGAGAGCAGGAUCUCUCAAUAAAAUACAGUAACUUAAAUCAAAUUUUAUUUAUGUAGCACUUUUCAUCCAAAAAAAAGGAAAUGCAACACAAAGUGCUUCACAAAUAAAAACAGAACAUUACAAGAAACAAACCAAUUACACUAAUGAAAAAGAUAUAAUUAGAGAAAUAUCUGAGAAAAAAUUCCGAUACCUUCUGUAGUUUAGGCAGAUAAAGUUUUCUGUCACAUUUGAGUAAAAGAAUCCUAUUUUGUAAAAACGUCAUAUGAUCUUUUUUAAGGGAUUUUAUUUUGAAGGAUUUAAAGGAUUUUAUUUUCACAGACUCCUUGCAAUUACACCAUGGACCACAAGGGGUCCACUGAGCCCCAGAUGAGAAACACUGAUCUAAUGUGUUGCUUUCCCUGUGCAGUAUUUGCAUGGAUUUGCUGUCAAAUAAGGAAUUAUAUCUCCCUCCAGUGACACUUUAAUUAAGAAACAAAUUCUUUCUAAUCACACAGAAAGGCCUAAAAUUCUCAGUACACGUUGAGUUUUUUAUGUUCUCUUGUAAUAUUUUGUGUUAGACACAGUGAUGGAUUCAUGAAAACAGAACUCUGGAGUACAGUAUUGUAGCUUUAUGAUCCGAUCAGCUAUGAUGUUCUUUUUUGAACAGAAAUGUAUGACUGCGGGACUGAGUUACAAAACUAUUAGCAGUAUUUUGCACAACAUCCAGAGUUUUUACUUGAUGAUUUGAGAAGUUCUUCACUUCCUCACCUUUAAUUUUCCUGAGCAAUCUGCAAAACAUGAUAAGUAAGUGCGUCACUUGGUGGUUGAGCUGCUAUUUCAGUCAGUUUGUUUCUGUGAAUUCACAGCCCUCUUAACCUCCUGAACUUUACUGUAGUACUUGCACUCGCAUGUUUGCCUUGCGUGGUUGCAAUAUAUGCGUCAACUCUGCCCCCAAAUGGAUGUCACUUGGAUAAGACUGUGAGAAAAGAUAAAAUAAACUAGAAACUAGAGAACGUCA